AUGGGAAAAGCAUCCAACCUUGUUCCGCUCCUCGUCCUUGUUGUCCUCAUCGCUAUCGCAGCCUUUAUCGGGUUCAUUGCUUAUUCAGUCGCCAAUGAUGUUAGCGACAAGGCAGCGAAGAGAAUGGAGAAAAAGAAUAUCAAAUUCUCGAAGGAAGGAAUGUCGGUUGGUGUCAAGCAACUCUCGACUGAAGACAUAUCAGACAGUACACAAUCGGCUCUUAUGAAAGUCUGGAACUCGGCCUCGCUACCCGUCUACAAGGCAAAGCUGCGAUGGGGACAAAGUGCUGAAGAAUCACGGCCAUUGUCGUCAGAUGUGUCUAGUAUGCCUAGUGGAAGGCGGAAGCCGUAUUCAAGAUCAGAUUCUAAUCAACGAGACACGAAAAAGUCGUAG